AAUUGUUGACUUGGAAUUUUUGGAAUUUCUCGACGAUAAAAUCGCGUAAAAUGGGUGAAAAAUCGGCUAGUCCAUACGAUAUGGACGGGCCCUCCUUCGACGCCGAUCGGUAUCUACAGAAACUGCUAAAGGAAUGUUCGCUAAAGCAAAUCAUGGACACGGAGGCGGCGAUCGUACGCCAAACGCAAACGCUACACAGCGACAUGCAAACGCUGGUGUACGAAAACUACAACAAAUUCAUCUCGGCCACCGACACGAUCCGCAAGAUGAAGACCGACUUCAAAUCGAUGGAAACGGAGAUGAAUCUCCUGAUGGCGAACAUGCAGACGAUCACGGAUCAUAGCGAGCGCAUCACGGACACGCUGCAGGAAACGCGCUCGCAGCUCACUCGCUUGUCCGGCAAACAUCAGCUGCUGAAAAAACUGCAGUUUCUCUCCUCACUACCCUCGAAGCUUAAAACGCUCAUCGAGGAGGAGAACUAUCAGCAGGCGGUGCAAGAGUACGGGCACGCCCAGAAAGUGCUGCUUCAGUACGGCCAGCAACCCUCAUUCCGGGGCAUUCAGGAGGACUGCAUCAAGAUACUGGACGAACUGAGAGCGCGGUUGAAGCGGGAAUUCCGUGAAACGGGCAAACCCGCUCAAACGUUGACGGAAAUCGGCGAGCUGUUGUUACAACUCGGCGAGCGACCGUCUACGUUGGCGAAAGAGAUGCUCGAGUGCGCCUCGAAGCGGCUGCAUGAGCAAAUAGUUGUGUUGCAGGAUCAGACCGAUCGCGACAUGAUCGAGUUUAUCGAUCUCGGCAUUGAUGGCUUUCUGAAGGAUCUGACGCUUGUGAUAAGCUCGUACAACGAUAUGUUCCUAACGAAGCAUCUGGAGCAAGAGGCGGACAAUUUUGAGGAAAUCGCACGACUCGAUUUGAACGAGUUCGUAAACCGCAACGUGGACGAGUAUCUGGCGCUGGUACAGGAUCGUGCGGAGAUCGAGAUCGGCCACGGUGAUUCACAGAUCAUACUGCGUGGACUCGAUCGAUUGCAUCGCCGCAUGACUGCGAUGAAGACGCUCUGCCGCUCGGUCGACAUGACCCGGUCUGGGUUGGACAUUAUAGUCAACGCUGCACAGCAGCUCUGCCAGACGCACAUGAAAUGCCUGAAGGACCAUUUCAACGACAGUCUCAGCUCCGUACGAUUGGCGCUCGUGUCCUCCACCACCACCAGUGCCACGGCCGGGAGCUCGUCCGGUGUGUCCUCGCAAACCAGUGGAACUAGUGUACCGGGUACCGCCAACUCUAAUAUUAAUAAUGCAACCGGUAGCUUACGGGAACUCAUCUCGAAUCUGUACAUCUCCACCAUCGAGAAGGUGAAAGGAUUGAUGCAAGACCUGCUCAUUUUCCUGCAACCGGAAUGGUCCUUCAACUUGAAAGGUGACCCGAAGGGUAUCCAGUGCAUUGAGGGUAUUCGGGAGAAUCUGCUCGUCGCCUUUCUACGCCACUUUUGCACCACCGUGAAUGGAUACGGGAAUGUCAGCUCGACGGCUCCACCUACCCUGCUGCUCGUCCUAUCGAAGGUUUGUCUAGAGAUGGAGCGAGCAGGAGUACAUACGUUGACGUCACUUGUCGAUGAGCUGUACCAACUCGAUUCCGAGCGAAGCGUAACGCUUGUCCACGAGACGGAACUAUGCCACGAGAUGCGUGAUUCUGCUCAGCUACUGCUAGAUUCCUACGUGCGUCUGCAGGGUUUAAAUCUGUCGCAGAUGUUGCGCAAAAGUGUAGAGACGCGCGAUUGGCUCAACUGCCUUGAGCCACGCUCGGUUCGGGCCGUUAUGAAACGUGUCGUAGAGGAAACGGCCGCUAUCGAUGGCGUGCUUGGGGAACUGUACGAUAGUGCAGGCGGUACCAGUGGUGCUCGCACCGCCGCAAGCAGUGACUCCAGUCGCAAAACCCACUUCAGCAUUGCCGCAUCGAAGCAGUCACAGCAGUAUCGAUCAACUUGGUCUACUUACACCCCGUCUCAGCUGGACAGCAGCUUCGUCUCGAACAUACAGCGGCUUUUCUCAGAGAAGAUCGAAAUCUUUGCGCCCGUCGAGUUCUCCAAGGUGUCCAUCAUUACCGGGAUCAUUAAGCUGUGCCUGAAGACGCUGCUCGAAUGCGUGCGAUUGCGCACUUUCAGUCGCUACGGACUGCAGCAGAUCCAAGUCGAUGCGCACUAUCUGCAGAUGAACCUGUGGCGCUUCGUGAACGAUGAAAACUUGAUCCAUGUGCUGCUCGAUGAAAUCCUUGGCUCAGCCGUGCUUCGCUGUCUCGAACCGAUUCUAAUGGAACCGAAUGCUGUAGAAAUCAUUUGCGAACGGAACUAAGCCACACCAUCUUGGUUUACUAUCCGCCGUCAGCCCAACAUUCCACGCUUUAGAUUUAAACGAUGCUGUCGUACCCACCAAAAACCUAUUCCAUCGAUCCUUUCUUUCAACGCUCACGGUAGACUAAACAAAAAUGCAAGGGUUUCUUUGUUUUUUUUUUCUCAAUAAAUUUUCAUUUUGGAGUUUCAUUCCACA